GAUGCGGCCGCGGGGAGCGGCGCUGCUCCUCCUCGCGCUCGCCGUGCUCUCCAUUUAUGUGCCACUGGGAACAGCAAGCUCAACAACCAUCACGGCAUACUUUUUUGGAUUAUGGAGCAGAGCGCGUCAACAGCAUUCAGCUCCUUCCCCUGCCCCAGCACCUUCUCCUGGACCUCAACAUGCCUAUCUUAAUCACCCAGCGCAUAGGCAUCAUGGAAGACGACGUCAUGCUGCCCCACCAUCAUUUGAUAGACAAGAUUGCAGUGGAAUAACUUGUUCCGCUCCGCUCACUUCUACUCCAAUUGGUUCCCCCUGUGGCUGUGUAUAUCCUAUGCAAAUUCAACUUGAUCUUGGGGUAGCACCUUACCAGCUGUUCCCAAGAAUCGAUGAGCUGGAAAUUGAGAUUGCAGCAGGUACAUUCCUGAAACAGAGCCAAGUCCGGAUAAUGGGUGCUGGGAGCAGUAUUCAAGAUCCUGAAAAGACAACGGUCACCAUUGAUUUGGUACCACUAGGUCAGAAGUUUGAUACGACUUCAGCCUUACUGACUAGCAACAGAUUUUUGCAAAAGAAGGUUCUGAUAAAAUCGUCUAUUUUUGGUGAUUACGAUGUAACAUAUGUUCAUUAUCCCGGGCUUCCUUCUUUGUUACCUACUGCUCCAAGAUCCUUGGGUCCAGUAGGCAGUAAUGAGUACCCGCUUGGUGCAAAUAUACACAACAGAAGCCAUCAGAGGAUUAACUCUAAAAUUGUUGCCAUAAUUGCUCUGUCAGCUGUUGUGCUUGUUUUGACGUGUUUUGGAAUUGGCAUUAUAUGGAAAUAUAAAGGAUGUCAAAAGCCUCAUGGUAGUGGUCAUGCUUCAAAUUCGUCAAUCACGAGAAAAGCAGGUAUGAGGUCAUCAUUCUCCAGUAUGAGUAGCUCGCCAACAUCUUUCCCUUCAACGAUAGCAACCUGCCCUUCAACAGUCAAGACAUUCUCAAUUUCCGAUCUUGAGAAGGCAACCGGAAAAUUUAGCUUCAAUAAAAUAAUUGGCGAAGGAGGGUAUGGGCGUGUUUAUCGCGGCAUAAUUGAAGAGGGAGUUGAGGUUGCUGUCAAAUUGCUUACCGGGAAACACCAAAAUAGAGAUCGUGAGUUCAUCGCAGAGGUUGAGAUGCUAAGUCGUUUGCAUCACCGCAAUCUUGUCAAGCUGAUCGGUAUAUGUGUUGAACGGAGCAUGAGAUGCUUAGUAUUUGAGCUUGUUCCAAACGGAAGCGUAGAGUCUCAUUUGCACGGUCGGGAUAAAAUAUAUGGACCACUUGACUUCGAUACCAGAAUGAAAAUAGCCCUUGGUGCAGCAAGGGGUCUGGCCUACCUGCACGAGGAUGCCAAUCCCCAUGUUAUUCACCGUGAUUUCAAGGCUAGCAAUGUUCUACUGGAAAAUGAUUUCACUGCCAAGGUUGCAGAUUUCGGGUUGGCCAAGGAGGCAUCAGAAGGAAUGGAGCACAUUUCUACUCAGGUCAUGGGGACUUUCGGAUACGUUGCCCCAGAGUAUGCAAUGACGGGGCAUCUCCUCGUCAAGAGCGACGUUUACAGCUACGGCGUGGUGCUCCUGGAGCUGUUGUCGGGCCGGAAGCCGGUGGACAUGACUCAGCCAUCUGGGUCCGAGAACCUCGUCACGUGGGCGCGCCCGUUGCUCACCAACCGUGAAGGCUUGGAGCGGCUGGUCGACCCAUUGCUGCCGCCGGCGACCCGCGACUUCGAGAAGCUGGCCAAGGCGGCGGCGAUCGCCUCCAUGUGCGUGCACGUCGAGGCGCCGCAGCGGCCGUUCAUGGGCGAGGUCGUGCAGGCGCUGAAGCUGAUCUACAGCGGCAACAACGACGAGACAUGCAGCGGCUCCUUCGGCGGGGGCGCCACGGAGGAGGAGUCGCCGUGGAACGACGGCAGGAGCUGCUCGUGGAACGACACUGACGGAACUCCUCCGCCACCGCGCAUCCCCGGGGCGCCGCGGCCGAACAGGAUCGGGUACAGCUCGGAGCCGGCCGACGACGCGUCGGCGCGGCGGCCGCGGUCGACGCCCAGCGCCGUGCUGGACAAGAUCGAGUCCCUGGCCAUGUACGACUGGUCCGGCCCGCUGAGGACCAGGACGAGGAACUUCUACCGGCUGAGGGGGAGCAUGAGCGAGCACGGCCACCACCCCUCCGACGAGUGCAGCGUCGAGGGCGACUGGAUGUAGCAGAUGGAUAGAGCUCGUCAUCGUGUUUCACUCUGCAAUUGUAUAGCCCCGGUAGAUACUGCUUCCUGAUGAGAUUUUGAUGCGAAGAACCCCUGGUUCUUAGAUCGUUUUAAUGUAGUGGGUGAAUGCGUUUUGGCCAGAACUUUGCUCGAAUGUAUGUAUGAUCUGGGAGGGAGUACUAGAUAAUGGGUUCAUAUCUGAAGGCAUUGCUGACCUG